CAGAUCUCCGCCAGGUGUGUACAGCCAAGAUGGCGGCGAAGAUAACACAAACAGGAAUUUAUUCAUCUCGUAACGUGCCCAACUUUACAGGAUCAUAAUAUAUCAGGUGCUCUGACGGGACAAUGACACCAGGAUUGUUGUCGGCCUCGGGCGGUGAGCACUGUUAAUACAUGAGAGGUCAAGGGGCUGCUUCAUGCUGUGUGACACGCCGGUUAAAGUGGUGACAGCACAGGACUCUGUGUCUCACAUGCGAUGAGAGCGGUGGACGGAUGGCUCUGUUUCCCAGCAGCACUGUAGAGCUGUGUGGAGGCAUGCAGGAGGUUCAGAUGAGUCACGAGUCUCACAUGAUGCAGCUCCGGGCUCGUCAGUUGUUCUGGUUCUCCAGCAGAGUCUGGCAACGUUGCACAGGAAAGAUUCAGAUCCACUGUCACUCCAUGACAUCACACCAAUGAGGUAUCAGCUGACUGACACACACCUCGCAUGACACCUAUAUUUGCUGAGCGACUGGCUGUUGUUGGAAUCAGCAGCAGCUGCCAGGGACGCCACUGUAGGUACCACAUGAUUUUCAACACAGAUUCACUUAUCUUAUUAAAGAUUAUGAUGCGUACACAAUAGAGUCAAAGUCACACAACAAACAUUGAUUUCACCCAGACAAAUUUUUAUUAUAGAUUUUUACAUGUAUGUAUCAGAUGAAACAAUAGCGACAUUACAUAUCCUGUAUAACUAGUUCAGGCCUUUGCUAGAGUUUAUUUAAAGUUCAGAAACAUUAUCCCUCUGUUGGAGAUGGCUGCUGCAAGAACACAGCGUAUAUUACGUGACUAGAAGCACUGCUCUAUAUUUAUCAAAUCAUGGGGCUCGUCGUUGUACGUGCUCAUGCACGAGGAUGCCUACCACAGGACAUACAACAUGGUGCUGCUCAGGCACCAGACCUCUAGAUCUCACCUCCUGUGGACCAGGAUCACAGCUGAAGCAGGACAGGUAGGAAACAAGAGUACAUAAAUGUACAAGUACAUAUGCAAACAGCUAGAAGUGCAGAGAAAAAAGCAAUACUGACUGUUAUCAUACUUAGUUUAGUAAUAGCUUAAUUGCAUUUAUUUCUCAAUAAUUUUAGUUUACUGGCUCGUUCAAAUUAUAUUACAUUUCAUUAUUUUACAUUACAUCACAUUAUUAUAAGUUGUUGCAUUUGACUUAAGUUAUUUACAUGUUUAAAACCUUGCUGCAAAAUUGUGUACAAUUAAAAUCUACAUGCUUGUUUUUUAUAAUUGCAUUAAUUGCUUUAUUAAUCUGUCGAUUUAGUUAUCUUGUGGCAGUUUAGUGUUAAGUAUUCAUGUUUAUAAUAUGUUGUUUUGGCAUUUUGUGUUAAAGACGUAUAAUUUUAUGAUGCUGCUAAAAGUGAUUAUGUUUGAAUAAUAGCACUUUGAUUGGUUUUGCAGGUUGUGCUGAGCCCUCUAUAUCAAAAUGGAAGACUUUGAAUACAGUGUGGAGAUCAGUGACCGUGACUGGGACUGCUUCUUUCAGGAGUGCGAGGAGUGCAGCAUGCUUUCUCCAGCAUUAGCAGGUCUGGAUGACUCGGGCAUGAGUGACAUGGAUGAUACAGCGUCCAUUCUUGCUAAUAGGGUUAAGAGAGUCGACCUAACAGCAGGCCUUUCAGAGGCAGACCGCCCCGUCGACGGCCCCCCAGACUGUGAGGGCUCACCUGUGGAGCAUUUCCUCAGCAAACACGGCGUUGGUGGAAUGGAGAGCGUCCUCUCGGGCAGCGAGGAGGAUAUACACCUGCAGUCUGUCAAUAUAUUCUUUGAAAGGCUGAAAAGUCUUACAGAGGCAGAGAAGCUUCCUGAGCCAAACCAAGUAAAAGCUGGAGAAAACAGAGAAGCAAUACAGGAGGAGGAGCUGUGUAGUGAUGGGAAACAAGCCAGCAGCAGUAUUUCGCCAAAAAACAACCCCAAGUUAAACUCUCCGCCUGCCAGGGGUGAAACAGCAGGUGGCAAAGAGACCACGGAGCCUGUCGACGCCAUGAGCAACAUAAACACAAUGAAGAAAGUCCAGCCUGGCUCCAAAAUUUCACAUGAACUUGCAGCCAGUAACUCAGUGCUCAAGACUAACAUAUCAGCUCCCCCUCAAAUAGAGUUAUUCAUCCAAGAGGAAGACUGCACAGAAACCAGAGCAAACAAGGAAACACUGCAGAAUCAGUCUCAUGACUCACCAAACGGGAUUGUCUGCUCAGAAACAUCACCUCAAGCUGACAAAGUGGUAAAAGUGAAAACGUGCACACCUUUCAAGGAUGUUAAGCAGAAAGAUUUGUCAUCAAGUCAGUGUAACACUGAUUCACAGUGUAAUCUAGAGAUUGUGACAAAUGUGAAACGGAAGGACGAACAAAACCCAAAUUUUCUACAUCCAGAUGCGACAUGCACAAACAAAGCCACGAGCCAAGAAACGUCUCCAUCUGCCUCUAUUAAAAGGAAGAGAAGGAAGAAGAGACGACUCAGCUCCGAUCCAGCUGAGAAUGGGAAUGGACAUGACAGACAGGUCUUAGUCAAGCAGAGUGACUCAGAUGAGGAGCAGUAUACAUGGAGAGGAGGAAGGGCUCUGUGUUUAUCUGAUGAUAUUAAUUUAUUUAAUUUAAAUGAACCACAAAAAAAUGCAACAUCCACCUUAACUUCAUAUUCAGUCACAAACAAUUUCCCUGUGAUCGUAUCUGGAGACGAGAUAAAAGCAAGUCUUUCUCUCUCCGUUCCUCCAUGUGACAGUCAAUACCAACAUUUACCAGACAGCAUAGUUCAACAAGGACGGUGUAAAGCACCAGGCUCGACUGAAAAUAAUGCAACUAAUGAGAAGUCAGUAACUCCAAAGGAUGACGGUGUGAUUUCAGCACUAAACAACAGUGCUAAUAUGGCAACAAACUCACAGCCAUGCAGCAAAUUACAGGUAGAAGAAAUGACUGGCCUGAAUAUAAAUUCUGGGAGGCCAGUUUCACUUACUGAAGGUGUAACUGGUGAAUCAGACCCGGCCGCAGAAACAGCAAACAGUGAAAACAAAUAUGUUCAUGCAGGGAGUCUCCAACAGUCUGAUGAAAAGAGUCAUAAUUCUAUCAUGGGAAAUGAACAAAAUCAAAAAUGUUGUUCAGCAGAGGUCAACUCAAUAACUCCCAGUAUUUUAUCAACGGCAGACUCAAAUCAUCCUGCUGUGGAAGUCAUCCAAAAUGAGAAACUAUCCACUGCUAAGUCAGUCCUGGCUGCAGAGGCUGGAAAUUCUGGCAGAGACAACCACACACACAGUCUAAGUGAGGCUGAGCCCCAACAACAGCUGGAAAUUAACCGUCACGAUGCAGACCAUUAUAGCUCUACACUGGAAAACACUCACCUUCCUCUGUCUGCAACUGGUGGGAUCAGUUGUGAUGUGCUGAAACUGCCUAAUCACAACGAAAAAUCCCAGAUGGAGAUUCCCACUCAAACGACCUGUGAUAAAAUUACAUCAGAUGGUAUCAAUUCAUCGCCUGAUAAAAGCUGUCGGUCUAAAAGUCCCUCCAGUAUAGCUAUGAAUACUUCAGUAAAGGAAACAGAACAUCCUCUGGAAACUUUAUCCAAAUUAGAUGCUUUGCCAGAAAGUGCUAACUCAGCAGAAGUAAUGGUUGUUCAAAAUGGGAAUUCUUUGUCAUCUGGUGAAAUUAAUCUAACAGGCAACAGUAAGAGAGAAACCAAUCCCAGGUUGUCCACAUCUGAAGACUUACUAACAACUGCUUCAGAUAUUACAUCUGUAUCAUCCUUCUGCACUCUGGACACAGAAUCUGUCACGUCUCUCUCAAAUGGAAAUAUCACAGACAUGUCGGUAAGUUCUUUUUCAUCUAUCAGUCCAAAUGACUCUGAAGGUCAAGGAGAAAAAGCCUCACAAAUCUUGGCAACAAAUGAGGGAGGAGAUGCCACUUCUGAACCUAAAGAUCAGUCACAUGACACAACUGAAUCAAAAUGCGAUUUAGUCGUCAGAGCAGAAGAUGCCGUCAUAGCAUCCAAAGCUGAAUGUGAGGCGAAAAAUGCACCGGAUUCAAAACAUUCUGUGUUCGCCAUGUCUUCUUUUUGGAAUGAGAUGGAGAAGCUGACAAUAAAUGACAUCCUGGGUUUACGAAUGAUGAACAAAAAUGCUCCAGCCAGCUCCCUUACACCCUUAGAGGAAAGUGAGGAGAAUGACAUGCUCACUAUGACAGAUUCAGGCUUUUUGACUGAACAGGAGAAGUCCAAGCCUGAGCAAACUGGUGCUUCUGCAGAAUCAAAUUCAGGUCCUGUCGCAGCACUUGAUUCUACCUCUUCGAGGGGUAUAAUGUGGGAGAGUGCACCUGUCCCAGUGAGCCAAGGUGCUGAUAUUAACCCUGAGACAAUGAUGUUGACGUCUGUGAGUGAUGUUUCUCAGCCGGUCCUCUCUGGAAGUGCUCAAAAGUACCUCAGAAAGAUUUCUAAAAAUAUAAGUGUGCACAAUCUGCCUGCCCUGGAAUCUCAGACUUUUCGCUCUGCAUGGAAAGGUCAAACUUUACAAACCUUAGAUGAAGGAGAAUCAGCAAAAGCAGUAGAGUAUUUCACUGAUGGACAUGUGUCUAAGGAAGACAAAGCCACGGACUGUUUACCUUCAUCCUCAAAAGACAGCUACAGAACCUCUUUCACAGAUAUAUUUCGAGUUUGACACAGAAAGCUUCUUCUCUCCUCUCAUCACAGCAGAGGAAAAGGAUGAGCUGGUUCCUAUCUUUUCCUACUCUCGCUCAACAAAUAAAAACCUGCAGUUCCCAGAGGCUUAUGACUAUUUCUUCACAUCCUCCUCAACUGACGAUUCUUCUUUGGAAUCUGAUGAAGAGGAUGAUGAAAGUGGCAGCCCUGUAAAGGUGGUGACUAGAUUCACCCGUAAGGCAAGCUCAAAUCAGAUAUCUACAGAUAUAUAUGACAAUUUCUUCACAGAUAGUGACCUCAAGCAGAAUUUCUUUUGGAAAACUACAUUCUCCUUCAGGAAUGUUAAUUUCACAGGAUCUACAGUCCAGAAGCAGACAUCGAGCCCUUUGUCUCUUGUACCUGUGAGGCAAAGUGCCAAAUCUCUUCGGGGGACAAUUCGUCCCCUCAAUGCUCUGGGACAUCAAGACAUGACAUUUCCUGAUCCUCUUCUCUACCACCUGGAAGACAGGAUCUCCAGACAACUAGCGCAGCAGCCUUUCAGAUAUGAGGACCUACAGAUAGCUGUUUCAAAUCCAAGGUUGGAUGCCUCAUUCCUGCCUCUCAGACAAUCAGACAUGUGUCUGGUUUGUAUUGCAUUUGCAUCGUGGGUUCUGAAGACUGCAAACCCACAAGUUGGAGAUGCCUGGAAAGCUGUGCUGCUGGCAAACGUAAGCGCUCUGUCAGCCAUCCGAUACCUGCGAAAGUACGUCAAGGUGGAGGCGGCAGCCGGUGAGAGGGAAUUGCAAGAAACUGCCUCGUCUGAUUCUUGAUCCCUCCGCCUCUAAAUACGUCACGAUUUAUUUUCCCAUGAAAACGUGGAUAUGAGCCGCUGCAGGACCUGAGUCCCUCGAGGAAUUAGUCACGUUUGAUGUGCUGUUACAUGUUUGCAACAGGAAUCUGCAUCAUAAUUGCUUUAUUAAUCUUAGAUUUGUCCAUUGAAUCUAAAUGGAAACAGGUUUUAUUUAAUUGUAGUUGUUUUUUCAUUUUUUAAACAAUUGACACUUUAAACAUCUGAAAGUAUUCAUAUAUGAUACUGUACAUGAAACGACCAAAGACAAAAUGAGAAAGAAGGUUUUAGACAGGCUUUCACAUAUGUAAAUAAGGAUUCAGUAUGUUCAGUAUGUACAGAAGAAAGAUUCAAGGCAGGUUUGAGCCAUUAAAUGGAUGUGAUAAUGGAUUUAGGCAAUGUGAAGAAGCUGGGAUGAUUCUGUUUGUUUUCAUUACAUUACAUUUAUGUAGCAAAGGCUUUUAUACAGAACGACUGUGUGAAAUAUUUCCAAUUAUUGUUACUGGAAAUAUUUUAUACAGAUUACACAUAUUUUAACAUAACACCCUUUCAAAUUAAUAAUUAAUUUAAGGGACUUUUUCUGCGCCAGUUUUUUUUUUUUAUCAUAUGAAGGGAAUUUUAUUUUCAUGAUAGAUAAUUUAUAGUUGACUGUACAGUAUUUGGUACUCUGUGAGCUGCCUUUCGGUUUAACUACAGUAAACAGAAUCUCUGAGA